AUGGACCUUUCAAGAAAUAACUUAUCUGGAAAAAUUCCCGAACAACUCACAAGUCUUCUAGGAUUGCGUGUCUUAAACUUAUCUGAAAACCAUUUGACUGGAAAGAUCCCAGACAAAAUUAGUAAAUUGGCAUUGCUAGAGUCUCUUGAUUUAUCCAGAAAUCAACUUUGGGGUACAAUUCCUCUGAGCAUGUCAAAUUUAACUUUUUUAAGUUACUUUAAUUUGUCGAAUAACAACUUGUUAGGAAAAAUUUUAUUAGGAAAUCAGCUCCAGAUACUUCAAGAUCCUUCUAUUUAUAUGGGCAACAAUGAUCUCUGUGGACUUCCUCUUUCAGAUAAGUGUGAUAGUGAUGUGACUUCUCAAAGUCCAAUGCCUGUUGGUGGUGAUAUAAAAAAAGAUGAUGGAACGCAUGAAAUGGUUUGGUUUUACUCUGCAUUGGGACCAGGAUUUGCUGUGGGGUUUUGGGCCUUCUGUGGCGUUUUAGUGCUCAAGAAAGCUUGGAGGAUCGCCUAUUAUUGUUUUGUUGAUGAGAUGAAAGAAAGACUUCUUUACAGCUGUCUCUUUGCAAGACGUUAG